CAAGAAUCCAAAAACAACAUUAAAGAUAAUCUUUAGUGAUUGGUGAAGAGGAUAAGGCGACGACCCAAUAUCGUAUCGACCUUUCUCCGAUAUUUUUUCAAUGACAAAUGUUCCAAUUUCUCAUUUUCUAAGAGAACCCAUGAUCAGAUCUUUUCUUCCCCUCAGUUCUUUGUUCAGUUAGCAAAAGCUCAAUGAAUUUUCAGUAUCUACAAUUCCCUUUUCGUUAACUGUGGCUCAACUUCCGAUGAAACUGUUGACGGUCCAAAAAGGGUUCGGAGAAAAUUUAAAGAAUACGAAGAUCAGGAUGAGGAAAGAAUCAUGAAGAUGAUGAUCACCGUUUAUUUGUCUUCAUUAUUGCCGUGGGAUUCAGCUUUCAAUCCCUCCUCUGCUUGAAGAUUUAGACAAAAGAAGAGAUCAGGGGUCUUCUAAAAGCUAUUGAAAGGAAGUGAUUAUGGCGGUGACUGAUGAAAAAGCGGAUGUCGUAAGGCUUGAGGGUAAAUAUAGUGCAAUGAUUGUGUGUUGGCUUCUUGGAAAUGGAUGCCUGUUUUCUUGGAACAGUAUGCUGACCAUUCAAGAUUACUAUGGCUAUUUGUUUCCGAACUACCAUCCUUCAAGGGUUCUUACUCUUGUGUAUCAGCCAUUUGCGCUUGGAACACUCUGCAUACUCGCAUCUUGGGAAGCAAAUAUCAAUACCAGAAAACGGAAUCUCUUUGGAUAUGUUCUGUUCUUCAUUUCCUCCCUCUUGGUUUUAGUUUUGGAUUUAGCAACAUCUGGUAAAGGAGGUCUGGGUCCCUUCAUAGGAAUUUGUGCCAUUAGCGGUGCUUUUGGGAUUGCAGAUGCUCAUGUUCAAGGAGGAAUGGUUGGGGAUCUUUCUUUUAUGCAACCAGAGCUCUUGCAGUCUUUUCUGGCUGGCUUGGCUGCCUCCGGCGCUCUUACCUCGGGUUUGAGGUUAAUUACUAAAGGAGCAUUUGAAAAUUCUAAGGGUGGCCUUCGCAAAGGAGCUCUUUUGUUCUUUGCAAUCUCAACAUUUUUUGAGCUUCUCUGUGUUAUCCUCUACGCGUUUACUUUUCCAAAACUGCCAAUUGUGAAGCAUUUUCGGGCCAAGGCGGCAUUAGAGGGGUCAAAAACAGUUUCAGCUGACCUUGCUGCUGCUGGGAUCCAUGGGGUAGCAGAUGAGGCCAUGGGAAAAGCAACCGAAGUCGAGCGACUGAGCAAUAAAGAACUAUUGUCACAGAACAUAGAUUAUGUAGUUGACAUUUUUUUUAUAUAUGCUCUCACAUUGUCCAUUUUUCCUGGAUUCUUAUCUGAGGACACUGGAUCACACAGUUUAGGAACAUGGUAUGCACUCGUGUUGAUUGCAUCAUACAAUGUUUCUGAUCUUAUUGGGAGAUACAUUCCGCUCAUCGGAUGUAUAAGGCUAGAGUCACGGAAAUGGCUUAUGGUCUCGAUCGUUGCCCGUAUCUUACUCCUACCGGCAUUCUACUUCACAGCCAAGUACGGCGACGAAGGUUGGAUGAUACUACUCACCUCAUUCUUGGGCUUGACUAAUGGCUACCUCACCGUUUGUGUGCUCACUUCUGCACCAAAAGGUUACAAGGGACCAGAGCAGAAUGCCUUGGGGAACUUGCUGGUUCUAUUCUUACUUGGAGGAAUAUUUGCAGGAGUCACCCUGGGCUGGCUGUGGCUUAUAGGCAAGGGCUGGUAAAGUAGUGUAGAUUUAUAGGCUGUUUGGGAAUGCUCUUUAAUAAUUGCUUCUUGCAAAGCCAUUUUCAUUAUAAGUGAUUCAUUACAAUUCUCUUAGAUUUGGUUCUA